UACGUACAGGGUGAGAGGUCGUCGUAGCAGCGUGAUCAAGGAUGUAAAUAAUGUUGACACCUAUGGUUGACACUGGCACCUUGCUUGCUAGAGGGAACGCAAAAGCAUUUGAAAAAUGAGGUUAUUGGGGAAGACAGCUCACUCAGUACUGUGCACUCCGAGGACAUUAGCACCAGCAGGGGGCGUCAGACCAUUCUGGGGAUGGCUGAAUGCUGUUUUCAACAGGGUGGACUAUGAAAGAAUAAAAGCUGUGGGACCAGACCGAGCAGCAGCAGAAUGGCUGCUCAGGUGUGGAGCGAAAGUCCGGUUCCAGGGCUUUGACCGCUGGCAGCAUGACUACAAUGGCCUCCCCACUGGCCCCCUUGGUCGCUACAAGAUCCAGGCCAUUGAUGCCACGGAUUCUUGCAUAAUGUACCGUGGAUUUGACCAUCUAGAUGGGCUGGAGCAUGUGGAGGAAGUGAGGCUGAUUAAGAACAUUUACAUCGAGGACACCUGCCUGGAGAGGCUGAGCAAGACGGAGAAGCUUCAGGACACCCUCCGUCGCCUGGAGAUAGUCUCCUGUGGUAACAUUACAGAUAAGGGCCUCAUCGCCCUGCACCACUUGAGGAAUCUGGAGUAUCUGUUCCUGAGUGACCUGCCCGGGGUGAGGGAGAAAGAGACUACCGUUGACCGACUACAGACCGCUCUGCCACAGCUGGACAUUGAACUGGACCUGGGCUGACUCACUCUACCUGCCAUGGACGCAGUGAUGUCCAUGGUGACGGUAACCAUAGAAAUGUCAAUGCCAAUGAUGUCAAACAGCAACUGAGCAGAAAAAUUACUAGGAGAUACAUUUUGCUCUGUCACAGCACUUUAUUUAUAGCAACAGAGAAAAGAGAGUCAAACACAAAGAGAUUCUAAUGUUGUUUUGCUAUGUUAUUCUAGGUAUCAAACAUUGUUAUUGUUACUCCAUAGAAAAGAACCACAGAGACAUUGUUAUUACUAAGAAAGCUUUUAUGCAUGCAUGAAGAUGCUAAAAAUGACAAAGACUCAUGACUCCUUGACUCAAGACUCAUGACUCCUUGUCACGUAAUUCGUUGAUUUGGCAUUUGGUGCAAGUCAAGGGGACACUGCAGGGCUAUAGAGCACCACUUGUUGGGGAGAUAUAUAUAAUACCAACCAAUAAAGCUUAAAAGCUUAAUAAAGCUACCAAAAAAUG